AUUACCCCCAAAUUAGGCACCUUCUCUUCUGCUUGCCUAAAUAAGCAUCUCUCUCCCUCUCUCUCUCCCUCUCUCUCUUAUAUAUAAGAGGUGUCAUUGGAGUUCUAGAGCUAAAGGGAUUGUGUAUUGGAGGUUGGCAAAUGGGAAGGGAGUUCAGUUUGGAGCUUGGGCUGUGGCCAUCUUCUUCUGUUUCAGAGCCAAACUUCCAAUUCUCUGCAAUUCCCUCCAUGAUGGCUACGCCAUUUACUUUGAACCAACAGCAGCAGAUCAUGGUGUUCUAUAAUGGAACACUUUCCCUUUGUGACUUUACUGAGCUCCAGGCAAGAGCCAUACUAUGGGUAGCAAGCCGAGAGAGGCAUAGCAACAACUCGAGAUGGACCGACCCAGAAUGGUUGAGUCUGCUGCAAAUGCCAAAGAGUGGGAAUGGGAAUGGGAAUGCAAGUUUCCCCAUUAAGAAAUCUCUGCAGAGAUUCCUACAAAGGAGAAAAGCAAGAAGAAUUCGAUCAAUGUCUCCAUAUCACAAAUUGUAAUAACCAAACAGCUUACCUGAUUCAAGCAAAGUUCGAGCCUCCCAACAUCAUCAAACGAUCGAUCGAUCGAUCGAUCAAUCAAAAACUCUUCAUUUGUACUCUUAUUCUACUUACAUUCUUGUAUUGUUGAAUGGAAAUAAGCAAAAAAAAAGUACUACAAGAAAG